AGGAUACCGGAAGCCACGGCAGCGGUGAUCUCCGCUAUGGCUGAGGUGCUGCCGGCUGCAGCCAAACGCGUGACGGGCUGCCGGGCGCGGGCAGUACACUGCGUGCUGAAUCAGGUGGUCCUCCCUGGGGAGGAGCUGGUGCUACCGGAGCACGAGGACGCUGACGGCCUCAGCGGCGCGGGGGAGCAGCCCUUACGUCUGAAUGCGGGGGCACGCCCGCGGCUGCGCAUAGUGUGUGGCCCGGGUUUGCGACGCUGCGGGGACCGGCUGCUGGUCACCAAGUGUGGCCGCCUGCGGCACAAAGAGCCCGGCGGAGGUGGCGGCGGCGUCUACUGGGUGGACUCUCAACAGAAGCGGUACGUACCAGUGAAAGGAGACCAUGUGAUUGGCAUAGUGAUCGCUAAAUCUGGAGAUAUAUUCAAAGUUGACAUUGGAGGGAGCGAGCCCGCUUCUUUGUCUUACCUGGCAUUUGAAGGGGCAACUAAGAGAAACAGACCGAAUGUGCAGGUUGGAGAUCUCAUCUAUGGUCAGUGUGUGGUUGCCAAUAAAGACAUGGAACCAGAAAUGGUCUGUAUCGACAGUUGUGGACGAGCCAAUGGAAUGGGUGUGAUUGGACAGGACGGUCUGCUCUUCAAAGUGACUUUGGGCUUGAUUAGAAAGCUAUUAGCUCCAGAUUGUGAAAUCGUGCAGGAACUGGGAAAACUCUAUCCGUUGGAGAUUGUGUUUGGAAUGAAUGGGAGAAUAUGGGUCAAGGCAAAAACCAUUCAGCAGACGUUAAUUUUGGCAAAUGUCUUAGAAGCUUGUGAACACAUGACAACAGAUCAAAGAAAACAGAUCUUUGCCAGAUUGGCAGAGAGUUGACAUGUAAAUUUCCUUAAUGCAUAUUUUAGUCAAGACUGAGUUUCCUGGGGAAAUAUUUUUAUAAGAGUUACUGGUCUUCACUCAUGCAUAGAUGAGAAAAUUGGAAGUUUUUUUUUAAUAUAAUAAAUGUUGUUUGUAGUAUCUGAA